GUUGUCUGGGCCCCAAAGUACCGGCGGGAGUCUCAGGACUCUCAUCAGCUUGUGUCAGCCGAGGACCGGGGGCAGCUCAGGAUGGGACAGCUGGUGACACCCCUCGCCACCCCGGCAGGACAACAGGAGAGCUGAGCAGGUCUUCACCGGGCUGCUCCCUUUCUUCUCAAUGGCAGUCUGAAGAAACAGGCUUGGGUGCGAGGUGACUGGGGCGGGCAGCACGGUGGCUCUGGCUGUUCAGGGGGAUCCAGUACUCCAAGCGGGUCCCGAUGCUCAGAUCCCUUAGCUGGAGAGGACGGCUGUCAGAAUGGGCCCCAUUCCCCACCCAGAACUUGACAUUUGACCCAUCCCCUGCUGAGCACUCCCCCUGCCCCCGCCUGGAGCCUGUGCAGAACUGGUGGGUGCAUGGUCAGGGGGCCUCCUGCCCCCACAGAGCCCUUCCCAGGUGGCCUGGUAGUAGCCUUGGCAGGCCGCCUGAAGGGUGGUGGGGGUAGACAGCGACAGAACGUUCCGUCCCCUAGUCUGUGCGCCAGCCUCUCCCGCCCCAGGGCCCUUCCUCAGCCAGUCCCCCAUUUAACACUUGCUUCAUCUUGAGCUCGCUGUGAUGGACCGGACUUCCCAGAUGAGGCACCUGGGGCACCGCUGUGGAUAGAUGACUCCAGUGGGGGUUUCUGCGUGUGAUACAGCACGCGCUACCUCUCCCCAUACCCUUGUGCUCAAGGCUGCCGUGUGCACAUGUGCUGGUGGCGUGGGUGGUGUGCAGGAGUGAGGGGGCCGGUGAGAGCUGCGUGUGGAUUUCUCGGUGCUGGUAGCUUGCUCGGAAGGGAGACACUCCUGUGUAACAGGAUCAGAUAGGCGGUGGGCCAAGAGCUAAGAAUAGGAUUGGGCAUAGGCUCCUGGCUCAGGUGGGGGUGUGCCAAUGCCAGCCAGGAAGUAGCCCACGGGAGCCAGAGAACAGUACAGGGACUGAGACAGUGGGGCCUAUGGCCUAGGGCUCCAGGGAAGGAGCAGAGUCCAGCUCAGCUCAUAAACAGAGCUGAUAGGACAGGGCUCAGGGAAAGGACAAGUUCUGGGAUCUGGGGCAUCGGCACCAGGGGCAGGGAGUACACUUGGUGCUCAGAGGAAGCCCCCACCCAGCCCCCAUGGCCUUCCUGGUGGCUGGGACCCUGCAGGUGGCCUCCCAGAUGGCAGAUGCUAGACAGAGUCUGGAAAGAAAGGGGAAGUAUGGCCUGCAGGGUCCCAGGGUGGCUCUGAUACUCAGCAGCCCUGGGGUGUUAGACUCCACUGUUGCUGUCCUGGAGGGCGUGUUCCGGAGCCUGGGCUUUGAGAGCUGCCAGAAGAGGGAGGCCUCCCUCCAGGGCUUCCUCGGGGAGCUGGCUGGGUUCUGGGAGCAGCUGGAUGCCCUUGGGGGCCCUGUGGGCUGUGCCCUCGUGGCCUUGGUGGCCCCUCGUGGGCAGCUGAGGCAGCCCCAGCAGCUGGUCUGGGAGCUGAACCGCUGCAGGGCCCUGUGGGGCUGCCCCAAAGUUUUCCUGCUGCUCUCGACGACUCCUGGGGCUGCCCCUGAGCCCGGAGCCUUCCUCACUGGCCUGAGCCAGCUCUGUGGCCGAUUUCCUCACUGGUCUCUGCUGCAGCUGCUGACGGAGGUCUUCUACAGGACAGCCAAAGAGUCAGAGGCCUCUUACUGCCCAGUCCUCCGGAGCUCCUUGAGGGGCGCACUGUGCCUGGGGGAUGUGGAACCCUGGGAGCCCCAGCCAGAACCCAGCCUCAGCACUCACUAUGAACUGUCUGGGACCAGAGCCGCCCUCCUGCUGUCCGUGAUCCGUGGCCGGCCCGGGGCCCAGCAUGAUGUGGAGGCACUGGGAGGCCUGUGUCAGGCCCUGAACUUCAAGACCACCCUAAGGACAGACCCUACGGCCCAGGCUUUCCAGGAGGAGAUGGCCCAGUUCCGAGAGGGCCUAGAUGCCCGCAGGGUCCCGGUGAGCUGUGCCCUUGUGGCCCUCAUGGCCCAUGGGGGGCCACAGGGCCAGCUGCUGGGGGCUGACGGGCAGGAGGUCCAGCCAGAGGCACUGGUGCAGGAGCUGAGCCGCUGCAGGGCCCUGUGGGGCUGCCCCAAGAUCUUCCUGCUUCAGGCUUGCCGUGGAGGGCAGAGGGACGCCGGUGUGGGGCCCACAGCUCUCCCCUGGUUCCGGCGCUGGCUGCAGGCAUCACCAACCACCCCCUCACAUGCAGACAUCCUCCAGAUCUAUGCUGAUGCCCAAGGCAGGUCCUCCGGGGGCCCCACUCCAGGGAGCUCUGACCAAGCAGACAUCCUGAUGGUCUACGCAGCUGCAGAGGGCUGUGUAGCCUAUCGGGAUGAUGAGAAGGGCUCGGACUUUAUCCAGACUCUGGUGGAGGUCCUCAGAGCUUACCCCGGGGGAGAGCUCCUGGAGCUGCUGACUGAGGUCAACCGCCGGGUGUGUGAACUGGAAGUACUGGGUCCGGAUGGCCAGAGGCGCCGCAAGGCCUGCCUGGAGAUCCGCAGCUCGCUGAGGCGCCGGCUCUGCCUGCAGGCGGGACUGUGCCCGCUGCCGUUCCGGGGUUGCUGACCACUGGGGGCUACGGCCCAGCGCCGCCGCUGACUCCAUCCCCUGUCCUGGUUCCUCUUGUGUAAAUGGGCGCAGCAGUGCGGGCGCGGGGCGCGGAGGUGGGGGGACUGCAGUAAAGGUCUGUGGGUGAUCGCAGUGCUCGUGAACAGUGCCUGCCCUCGGGGAGGUGACCCAGUGAGAGAACGCAUGCCACGUGACUGGCACCCCGUAAGGGUGCACCUAUGCUCCUGGGAGCGGGGGUGGGGGUCUGGGCCUUCCCACGGGCGCGGGGACCGAGGAACCCGGCCCGGGCUAGGCUGGGCUGGAGGUUCGGAGAGAGGACAGCCGGGGCCCACGUCGCUGUCCCAGCUUGCGCACUCCACAGGCGCCCCACGCUGGGGCCGUGGGAAUGCAGGAGAUGAGGUCUCGGCUUUCACGCUGGUCGGAGCCCGGGCUGGGACCACAGGACUGGACAGAGCACAGCAGGCUGACCGGUGCUGUGAUGCGGGAAGCGCGGGGGCUGCACAGGGAGCAGUGGGCAGUCUCUGACCCAACGCGCUCCGGAGCCACGUAGGGGAAGAGCUCCCAACGCGCCGGUUAGGGCCGGAGCCUGCCCCCUCACCGGGGCUCGAACUCGUGCUACAGUUCGUUAGGGCGGUCCUCGCCGAGCUGCCAGGCCUCGUUUGGUUUGCGUGGCCGGGCCCACAGUUUGCAGCCCCACCCACAGAGGGCCCGAGGGGCGGAGCUCCUCGCUGGUAGGAGCAUGCGCAUUGUGGUGCACUACACAGGCGCCUGGACCAGCUUUAUGAGAGAAGCUAGGGAAACGUACUCGGUGGGGCCGCGUGGCCUAAUGGAUAAGGCGUCUGAUUCCGGAUCAGAAGAUUGAGGGUUCGAGUCCCUUCGUGGUCGCUGCAGUGCUUGUUUUUCCUCCCUUGACUUCACAUUUUCCCUUGGUCCGAACUGCACUCUCCGCGGAACCUGAAAAUGUUUGCGCUGUGCCCCCCUCCUCGCGGCGCCCCACCCUGCAGCACCCGGAAAACCGCCGAGCUCCAGAGUUCCAGCACGCGUGGAGCUCGGGAGCUUAGGGUCUGGUCUGCACCUCCCUCGACUCGAGGGUGCUGCGGGGCCCUGAAGGCACCAGCGGUGUCCUGCUGACACCCGCAUCGAGUCCGGGAACCUCAAACGAGGUCAAUAUAGUUCAGCCGACUAGAGCUGUGACAGACGGGUUGUUGGAUUGUUGCGGGGAUGAGGUGGGGGGGGGGUGGUCCCAAGGUCAGAGGACAGGUGCGUUUCAACAUACAAUAGGUUCUUGUGAUGAAAAGUUUUGGAAAUAGUGACGGUUGGAUGAUAUUGUGCAUAUAACUGAUGCCACUGAAUUGUACACUUAAAAACGGUUUAAUUGGCCAAUUUAACGUUAAAUAUAUAUAUUUUUUACCACAAUAAAAAAUGUUUUAAAAAAUCUAACAAAUUAUUCCGAUUUCUUACAAUGAUAGUGUACCUAAAUGGUUUGUGUGCAUAUAUAUGUAAAAGUUUAAACCUAAAGAAUAUGCCCAGGAUUGGGUCAUCAUUGUACCUGGAAAAAAAAAAUGUCUUUACCUGCGGACCCGACUUCUCUCCAAGGGAUUCUGGUUAAGCCAGGUAACCUAGGUGAUGUAACCUCCUCCCACCAGGUGACCGCCAGGGCAGUGGCAGCCGGAGACCUCAUUCGGGAAGGUAGGCACAGGUGACCUGGGGUCCUGUGGGGGUGUUACUUUAUCGUUUCUGUGAUGCUUCAGCGGUUUGAAAUUCAUUAUGGUGAACAUUUUGGAGAUGGGAAAGAACACCUGUCCUCUGGUGGGAAAGCUAACGCUGGGUUCUCUGACCGUGAGAAUCUCCUACUCCACCGACGCAGCUAGUCCGAGGAGAGCCAUUGCGAAGGGCGCUCAGGGCAAAGACCUCGGGCCACUGGGAUCUGUUGAAAACCGCGGAGACCUGGACACCUCCUUUCUACGGGGCAGUGUAGGGAGGAGGGCUGGUACCCCUCUUCUCUCCUCUCCCACAUUUUGCACAGGCAACUCCUUCUUGCUAAUAGUUAUGACCGGACCCGGAGUCUCCCAGAAGGAGAGGAAAGUGCUCGCCCAGGAUUUGAUCCCCAGGCUUCUCUUACCCUAAGCGAGGCUCACACCCUAGUCCAACGAACUGAGCGACACCUGUGGCCCGUUCUUUGGGCUCCGUCUGCGCAUGCGCGGUCUCUCUGCGAUCCGGAGAUGCUUUAGCCACCGGCCAGGUGCUUUAGCUGCGGGCCGAAUGCAGGUGUUGAAGGGCCGGAGAGGGGCAGAGGAAUCUGUGUGUAACCAGUGGGAACAACGGGAAGGUAUCAGAGAGACUGGUGUAGGACCAUUGCAAGGUACCCAUUGUCGGCCCCGGUGGCCUAAUGGAUAAGGCAUUGGCCUCCUAAGCCAGGGAUUGUGGGUUCGAGUCCCACCCGGGGUACAAAGGGCUAAGUUUUAGACUCCCUCCAAAGGGGAAAAAGUGAAAUGCUUGUGCAGUGGAGGAAACCAAAUUAAAGGUGCUUGAAGUUGCCCAGUCCUAGUCCUAAACUACUAAAUUGGUUGUCUUUAUUUUCUAAUAAGGGGUGCACGUUUCCAGCUUUCAGAAAGGAAUACUUGCAUCAUUUACCUUUUAAAAAUAACCAUCCAUUCUACUUGAUGAUAUAAAGGAAUAAUUGUUCAUUUUUCCAGGUGUAUUAAUUUUAUAGUGGUUCUAUAUAUUUUUAAAAGUUCUUUUAUAAACAGACCCAAGGCAAUUAUUUGGAGAUUAAAUUAUAUGACAACUGUUUUUCUUUAAAACACCGGCUGAGUGCUGACAAUAGUUAUAAAUACAGUAACGUAUACUUGCAAGUUGCUUUCAGAUGAGAUCUGAAAUGUUCUCAGCACACACGCAGAAAAGGUAGCUAUGUGAAGGACGGUAGUGUUAACAGUGGUAAAUAUUUCACAAACCUAUGUGUGUAUCAAAUCAUCACAUUGUGCACCUUCAGUAUAUAUCAUUUUUAUUUGUCAAUUAUCUGUCCAUAAAGCUAGAGAAAAUACAAUGGGUUGCUUGGAGGUAUAGACAAAACAAGGUAAUGGUUGCUAAUGGCGUAAGUUGCUAAUGGCUUAAGCUGGGGGAUGAGGACCCCUUAAACUAUUUCUCUGCUUUAGUGCAUGUCUGGAGUAGUCCAUAAUAAAGUCUCCUCUUUUUUUCA